AUGGCGCAAUCGAACAUCGUAGCUCCUAUGUUGGUUUCUCCUACUCCCAUCCGACCGAUUUCACCUGCGGGAUCGCCUAUAAGAGAGUCACAGCCAUUGAAUGAGAAACAGUGGGAAUAUCAUUCCAAAGACAAGUUGUGUGAAGAUGAAGAGUUGGGACAAGAGAUCCUAGAAAUCUUUCAAGGAUCCCCUCGCAGCUCAACUGUGUACAGUAAUUGUAAUGCUUAUGUUGAUACUUUGCCCAUCGUCAAGCCGCCAAGUCGCAAUCAGAACCCGUUGAUCAAAGACUCAAUGUUCGAUAACUGUCAGAUCAACGACCGUGACGUGUACAUGAGCAGUUUGAGUGCGGCUGUGUAUAGCGAUUGGACUUCUAACAAUUGA